AUGGGAAUCGUCGCCUCCGGUAGCAGUUUCGGAGGAGUUUGCCUGCCAAUCAUGUUCUCCAAACUGAUUCCCACCAUUGGUUUUCCGUGGGCACUGCGUGUCGGGGCCCUGAUCAUGGUCAUCUGCUACGCUAUAGCCAUAGCCGUCUCCUCGUCUAAACGGCCCAAGAGGAAGAUGAGAUCUCUUAGGGAUCUGCUUGACUACAAAGGUUUUCUCGACAUCCGAUACUCUUGUCUCUCAGCCGGAGCAGUCAUCUCAAGUCUCGGCAUUUACGUUCCGUUCUACUACAUUGAGCCGUUUUGUGUUGCCCUUGAUCCGAACUCAACCAUUCGACCUUACCUCCUCCCGCUGAUCAACGCGGCCAGUCUUUUUGGCCGUAUCAUGUACGUGGCCUUCCCUGACUCUACCCACAUUCUUCAGCAAACUAACUUUGAUAGUGGCGGUCAUGCGGCGGACCGCAUCGGACGGCUGAACUUUCUCUACCCCAUGAUCCUUUUAUGUGGGCUUUUGUGCGUGGCGAUGUGGCUCCCUGCUACAACCCCUGGUGUUCUGGCUGGCUUUGCCUGCCUCUACGGCUUCGCAUCUGGGGUUUUCAUCUCAGUCAUGCCUGCCGCCACCGGCCAAAUCAUCCCUGCUGAUAAGUUGGGCGCAAGGCUCGGCGCUUUUGGCACCGUUACGUCUAUGGCGUUUUUGACUGGCAGUCCAAUCGCUGGCGCGUUGAUUACAAGCGAGACCCGAGUCGGAUACCAUUCUCUGAUCAUCUUUGCAGUAAGUCUUGCGUUUCCCCGUCUCAUUGAUCAGAAAUCAUUGCUAACGGCACACUCCUAA